CUAGACUCUGCAAUCAACGAGGAGAUGGGCAUGAAACUGUUCGACAAUGAUGAUAACCCAACCGAUGAUAUAUCGAAGAUUGAAAUCAACGAGGAAUAUGCUCGCAGAUUCGAGCACAACAAGAAGCGCGAGGCUUUGCAGAGGUAUGAGGAGCUGAAGAGGGAAGGCCGCAUUGCAGAAUCAACUGAAUCCGAUGAGGAAUCAGAGUCUGAAUCAUCUUCUGAAGAAGAAGAAGAUGAUCUUAAUGGCGUGGUUGGCACCAAGAAGAAAGAUUUGGAAUUUUUCGAUGCUUUAAUCAAGGUGCGGAGCCAAGAUCCUAGAUUGAAGCAGAAAGACAUCAAGCUUUUUGGGUCUGAUGAUGAUGAUGACAGCAGUGAACAGGAAGGUGAGCAAAAGGAAAAGAAAGAGAAGAAAGCUGUAUAUUUGAAGGAUGUGGUGGCAAAGCAGCUGAUUGAGGAAGGGCCAGAUUUUGAGGAGGAUGAUUCUGAUUAUCAGCAGAAAAAGAAGAAAAAGAGUUAUAGUGAGGAGCAGGAAGAGAUAAAGAAGGCUUUCCUGGAUGCAGCACAAGAAGUUGAUGGUGAUGGUGAUGAUGAUGAAGAUGAUUUCUUACGAGUGAAGAAAAAGGAAAAUAUAGAUGAGGAAGGAAAAGAAGAGUUAGAUGAUGGAGAAUUUGCAAAGAAGUUGGAAGAGUAUUUUGGUAGGGAUACGGAAAUGGAUGAGAACCAAAUGUUCUUGAAGGAGUUUUUCAUGAAAAAGAUGUGGCAGCACAGGGAGAAGGGGGGUAAUGAUAUGGUGGGUGAUGAUGAGGUGGAUGAAUUGUUAAGGGACGAGGAGGAGAUUGAGAAGCAAGAGGGGUAUGAGUUGGAGUAUAAUUUCAGGCAUGAGGAGAAUGCUGGGGAUAGAAUAAUGGGGUACUCUAGGAAGAUUGAAGGGUCAGUGAGGAAGAAGGAGAAUGCAAGAAAGGAGCAGAGGAGGAGGAAGGAGGAGAGAAUGAUGAUUGCAGAGAUGGAAAGGAAGGAGGAACUGAAGCAUUUGAAGAAUUUGAAGAGGGAGGAGAUGAAGGAAAAAAUGAAAAAGGUCAAGGAAAUUGCAGGGAUUAAGGAAGAUGAUCAAUGCCUGUUUGGUAUGAAGGAUUUGGAGAAGGAGUUUGAUCCUGAUGAGUAUGAUAAGAUGAUGAAGGCUGUCUUCAAUGAGAAAUAUUAUGCUGCUGAGGAUGAGGAAUUUGGUAGUGAUGAGGAUGGCAUUGAGAAACCUGACUUCAAUAAAGAGGAUGAGCUGCUUGGACUGCCCAAAGGUUGGGAUGUGCUUGAGUCUGGUGAUGGAUUCUUAGCUGCAAGGGAAAGGAUUUUAAAGCAGAAAUCAGAGAGCAUUGGUGAUGGUGAUGCUGAAGUAGAAGAAGAUGAAGGACAACAAGGUCAAGAAAAAGAAGAAGAAAUAAGAGAAGGGGAUACUGAGGAAGGUAAGCGGAAGAGGAAGCGUAAAAUGUCCCUUGUACAGAGAGCUAAACAGGAAAUGCUGGAAGAAUUCUAUAAGUUGGAUUAUGAGGAUACAAUUGGGGACUUGAAAACAAGAUUCAAGUAUGCGAAGAUCAAACCAAAUAGAUUUGGAUUGAAGAUUGAAGAGAUACUUAUGAUGGAUGAAAAGGAAUUAAAUCAAUAUGUUUCCUUGAAGAAGCUUGCUCCCUAUAGGGAUAAGGAAUGGAAGGUACCAAAUGGUAAGAGGUACCAGUUUAAGCAGAUGACAGGAGGACUGAAAUCAGACAAUCAGAAGGUUGGUAAGAAGAGGAAAGGGGAUUCUGCUGAGAAACUAGUAUCUAGUUCAGGUGAGAAGGGAGAGGAGAAAGCACAAUUUGAGGGAUUGAAUGGUGAUAUGUCCCAGCAGUCUAAGAAAGCCAAGAAAAGGCGUCGUCAGGAACUUAAGUUAUCAGAUGGGAGGCUCAAGGCAUAUGGAAAGAUACCUUCUAAACCUAAGAAGAACAAGAUCAAAAGUGACAACUGAUGCAAUUCAGGCAACGGCAGUAGAGGAGGUAGUUCUUUAUGUGAGCUUGAAUCUUACUUCCUGUUGUUUGUUUCUUUUUGGUGCAUCUUAUCAAAGGUUCCUCUUUUGUUGCUGUUAUGGCAAUGGAACUCUAGGAAGACAUUGAGGUUGUUUCUGUACACUUUUGUUGUUAUGCUGCUGUUAAAGAACACAGCAUUGUAAGCUUACUAUCGUCAAUGACACAUUUGAUCUUAUUUAUUUAUUUUCUUUGAAUAAAAUUCUGUUUUGCGC